AUGGUUGCGCAGGUGGAGGAUUUCAUCGAGGUAUGGAUGCUAGCCAGGAAGACGAUGACUGAAAAUGAAUACAGCACCUGCUUGAAGCAUUUGGAUUGUAUAGAAAAUAUGAUUGAGAAAAGCGAAUAUUUGAGCGAUUGUUUCGACGUAGUCGAACAAAUCAAAAUCAUUCGCCAGAAAUGUCACGAGGGGCAGUCUAUUGUCAAUCGACUCUAUGCUCAGGCCGACGCUGUAUUGAACGCGGACUUCGAUCGCGCCCGUUCUAUCAUUGACGAACUCUCGAACACUGUCCCAGGGUCCAGUGGAAGUUUCCAAACGAUGUAUCACACUGUCGACUUGGAAUAUCUGGCAAGAGAGCUAAUGGACGCGAGAAAGGUCCAAGACCUUUCGAGAGUAAGAGAUCUGCACUCCAAGUACACUAGCAUCUGGUAUGACCGGAAGAAUAAGCUUUCGCGCAUCGAAGAAAUAGAGAGUGCGAUUGCAGAGAAUCUGGAGUGGUUUCCAACAAUCUCUCGACCGGAAGCUGUGGAAAGCCGGCAUCGAGCUCUGUGA